AUGACCUACGACCUAUCCGAUACCUUGAGCGAUGGCUAUGAGGGCAUGGGUCCAGUGAUUUCCAACAUUUUGCAUGCCGUCACCCCGUUGGUGGCCGGGCGUUUCGUCCGAGAACAAGGGCAAACGCAAGGGAUCAGCAUCACGGACAUGCUCAACGGCGGGGCACGCUUUAUCGAUUUCCGCAUCAUGUAUACUCGGGGCCCUGAUCGAGCAAUUGGAGAGAAGGAUUGGUACUGCCUACAUGGCUGCGAGAGCCAAAAGAAGGCCUUGGAGUAUCUGAAAGACGUCCGCACGUGGAUGGACGCACACCCACAGGAGCUCGUGGUGCUUUGGGCCUCACGCCACGGCAAUACCGGAGCUUGUGGGACGGACCAAUACCCGGACACCACGCCGCAAGUGCGACAGGCGUUUUUCAAGCAGGUGCAGGAGGUCUUUGGAGAGCUGCUUUUCAACAGCACCCAACGACUGAACGAGACUUCGGUGCUUUCUCUUCAGAAGAGAAAUCAGCGCCUCGUGUGGUUGGCCACCGACUACGUGGAGUCCACCGAGUCCUCCCCGUUGGCGGUGGAUGCCAAGAGCAUCGACAACCAACUGGUGAACUCCGGUCAUGGUCUUGGAGCGAUCAAGUUCCUCAGACAAGGCGGACCCAAGCGGCGUGAUUCCUCUGCUCAGAAUCGCUUUUUGCUCAUGAGCAUGGCUGCGGGCGUGGCCAAGGAGGCCAUCGAGGCAGCGGCCAAGAUUGAAUUCCUGCCCAACGUCUUCGGCACUCAUGAUAAAUGGAGAAAGGAGUGUGCCGCGACCAGCGGUGUUCCAAAUAUGACCUUCUGCCCGAAGUACCUCAUGGAGUGGAGUUUGAUGACAAACUUCUACAACCAGAAAGUGAUCGACAUGGCGUACGUCGAGGGCGCUGCUGAUCUGGACGUGGAUUUUCCCAACGCCAUCUACCUGGAUGCCAUGGACCUUGGGGGUCUCAUUCGCACAGGUACAGCGACAAUAAACCCAUUGGAGGAGGGACCGGUCCAUGGCACCGAUGGAUUUGCCUAUUCCGCCACGGUGAUUGCGGCCACGGUCUGA